AUGGCCGGACGCGUUGUUAUUUAUCGUGGCAGUCAGCAGCAGACAGAAAUGACCGUUACACCUGACGUGGCCUAUUCACCUUUGACUGGGAGCUUGGAGAAAGAGAUAUGUGUUGAAACUGGGUUAUAUUAUCAUCAGUCAGAGAAAACCACCAAAGUGGCUAAUCAACUUUGCUAUCCAGAGAAAAGUCUCCAGUCAAACAUAUGUUCAUGCCAUGUCUAUUCCAUGGUGGAUUUCAGUUUGGAAGAAGCCUCCAGAGCCUGCAUCGAGUCUUUCGUUAACCUCCUCCAAAAUGAAAUACAGUCGGUAAAUAUUUACUGCACACCUGUAAAGUGCCAGAAAUAUGAAGAUGGCCAGGAAAUCAUUCUGAACAUGAAGAAGAAAAUGGUUCAGAGGGGCUACGGCAAGGACUUCACCGGGGAGCCUACUGUCCUAGUUAUGUGUGAGAAUGAAGAAGAAGGCAGAGAAGGAGAUAGAACCUAUACAAGGAUGCUCACAAGGGGACCAUUCAAGACACCAUUAAAAACCAGGCCUCACAUUCAUAUUCAGAGGAGAAUAAUUUACUCCCCAGGGGGCUUUAACGAUUCUUCAUAUUUUGCAUGGGUUGAUCUGUAUGAGAAAUGCCAGCACCUUCCCUCAGUGCCUGCGCUUGCAGCGGCUGGCCAAGACCCAGCGCCCCUUCCCCACUGCCCGGGAAGCUCGGCUGCUUCUACUGCGGUACCGUGCGCGUACAACCCAGAGAGACACCCAGGGGUGACAGGCAAAGGAGAAGAAAGGCCCUGCCUGCCUCCCAGGACCAGGAAGAUGGCAGUUGACCAGGGCUGGCCUAGUGUUUACCCCGUGGCAGCGCCAUUCAAACCCUCUGUGGUGCCUCUUCCUAUUCGAAUGGGUUAUCCUAAAUUAAAAAAAAAAGGUGUGCCACUGGCAAAAGAGGGAAAUCUAGAACGCUUGAAGAUCCCCAACUUCCUUCAUUUGACUCCUGUAGCAAUCAAGAAGCACUGUGAUGCUCUUAAAGAUUUCUGCACUGAGUGGCCAGCUGCACUAGACAGGGAUGAGAAAUGUGAGAAGCAUUUUCCCAUUGAGAUUGACACCAUUGAUUAUGUGUCCUCAGGACCGUCCAUCCGGAACCCCAAAGCCAGAGUGGUAACAUUAAGGGUGAAACUUUCCAGUUUGAAUAGAGAUGAUCAUGCAAAGAAGAAACUUAUUAAACUUGUAGGAAACCGAUAUUGCAAGACCACAGAUAUACUCAAAACAGAGAGGCGCCCUUUAAAGAGACAGAAUUAUGAUUAUGCAAUGUACCUGCUAACGGUUUUAUACCAUGAGUCUUGGAAAACUGAGGAAUGGGAAAAAAGUAAGGCAGAAGCAGGCAUAGAUGAGUAUGUAUGGAAUAAUAGCUCCUCGGAAAAAAAAAAUGUCCUAGAGACACUGCGGCAAAUUAGAGCUGCAGAGAAAGAUGGGGAAGCAACAAGGGAAGAGCUGCUGGGCGCCAAGGAAGGCAAAGAGUACCAGAAGUGUGUUGUGAGCCUGAAGAAUGGGGAGAAUGAGGCCACCCUCUCCCAGUACAAAGAAUCAGUGAAGAAACUAUUAAAUUUGACAUGAAGAGUGAAGCAGAAAAUAGACUUUGAUUUAUAGAUUUUAGGACCCAGGUAAUCAGUAUCUAAUGAAAAGAUUGAAAAAUCACAAUUUUUUUUUUUUGUCAGCACUGAAGUUAAUCCCACCCAGCCAGGUGCUGGUGCUCACACACAAUCCUGCCUAUUCAGGAGGCUGAGAUCUGAAAGAAAAAAUCCAUUAGAAUCUUCAUUUCUA